AUGGACCCUCCCAUAUAUUAUCCUAAAGCAGAAUUCAUCGAAACGGACACAGGCAACAAGGUAUCUCGCCGAGCGACGAUCGCAGGCCCUCAGAACAUCAUCCUCGGAGGCAAGACAAUCAUCUCCAGCGGUGCGAUCAUCCGGGGCGACUUGAAGCGCACUGGCCCAGGACAUGCAGUCGUCAUUUCAUUAGGACGAUACUGCCUUGUGGGAGAAGGUUGUGUUAUGAGACCGCCCUACAAGACAUAUCGGGGGAACUUCAACUAUUACCCUAUGAAGAUCGGAGACCAUGUCCACAUCGGGGCGAACUCAGUGGUCGAGGCUGCCACCAUAGGGAACCACGUCGAGAUCGGAGAGAACUGUGUCAUUGGCAAGUUCGCCAUCAUCAAAGACUGUGCCAAAAUCGCAGAUAACACGAUCGUGCCACCAAACACUGUCAUCCCCGCUCUUGCGCUCUUUGCUGGAUCGCCUGGUCACUUCGUGGAAGAUCUGCCCGAGUCUACGCAAGAGAUCGUUGAAGCGCAAACAAAGCAAUACUAUACCCGAUUCCAACCCCUGGACCGCUGA